GAUAAACGAAUCAGAUUGGUAUUCACUCUUUAGAUGAAUACUCUGUUGACCAUAUCAUGGAGCUAAACACACAUAGACCUAUAAUGGUUAUUCUGAAGACAAUGUUAUACGUACUUGUUUUUGUAAUUUGUUUUCAGCAAAUACAAGGACAAUGGGACUGUGUUGAUCUGAUUGGAAAGCAAUAUUAUGGAUACUACAAUUCUGCCUGUACCAAGCCACGGUCGUGGUGUCAAAACUGCACUAGAUGGGUUGAUCUCAAUGCCACUCUAUACGAUAUUUACAAUUAUACAGAGUCAGAUGAGAACUAUUGUCGUUGGCCCGACCCCGAUGAUUCAUCCGGACCCUGGUGUUAUUAUGAAGAUGAAUCUGGAAACAUAGAAAAAGAAUUUUGCCAUAUUGAGCCAUGUUCUG